AUGAGCAAUACAUCAUCGAAACGAGCUAAAGAUGCCCCGCGCGUGCGCCAGGGGAGACCCAAAUCGGUGACAUUCACUGGGAAACGCAAGGUCAAGUGUGACGAGAGGCAUGGACUAACAAAGGUCAACAAAUACGCCAACGCAGACAAAUCAAACUUGGUCGACCAUUCCAGCUUUCGUUGUAUAUCAGAUGGUGAACUUGAUUCAAUGUUGGCUGCUCUCGACGCGGUAACAAAGCCACUCAAUACCGAGAGCUUAGGUCCAUUUUCAAUAUUUCAAACUCAAUCUGGUGUUCGAAAGACCUUUAUCUUUAAUGGAACUCAUCUCCAAGCAAAUGUUGAACAUGGGUUCCCAACCAGCGAUGAUUCCUUCGAUUAUGUCUCCUCGGCCAGUGGCUUUCAGAUUCAAACAUCAGCCAAUGCGCUUGCUCCACUACAUGAAGAGAGAGCCACUGAAGUAUCUAUUAGCGCCACUUCACAUACUAAAUGGAUGGCAUCUGUGAAAAGCAUUACGCCCGGCUUUGAGCUAUUAGUGUCAUUAUUCCAUGACAAGGAGACGUCCAUGCUUAUGUACCACUAUACGACCCACGUUGCAGAACUUCUCCAGCCAGUACUUCAUCCAAAGAACCCUUGGAGAACAACAUAUUUCCAAUUUGCUCUGGAAGGGUGUACCGAACCCCCCUUUGGGCAAACCGCCAUUUCCACAUCGAAAGUCUCGACCGCAAUCUUUCACAGCGUUCUAUCAUCCGCUGCAUUCCACCUCCGAAAUGCGACCGCCGGGUCAACUAGAUACCACAGACUCGGCCUUCAGCAUAGAGCUCAAGCGCUCAAAGCCUUAAAAUCAGCACUGGCUCAUCCCUGUGACUCACAUACCUACAUAGGGUAUUUAACCGCCAUGCUUUCUCUGGUCACAAUUGAUACUAUGACCGGCGAAGAUGCAGACUUCCCCAUUCACCUCAAUGGAUGUCACGAUCUCCGAAGACGUUCCCACGACAGGAUAAGUGGUGAUCAAAAUCGCCAGGUCGGCAAUAUAUGUCACUUUUUGACGCUUCUAGCACGUACCACAUCAUACCAACUUCGAAACGCGAAACAUCAAAGCGGAUUUUUGUUUGACAACUCAUACUUCCACAUUGAUGACAAAGCCUUAGAGCAUAUGUACGGUAUUACCCCUGCGCUUGGGAAUAUGCUCCAGAGAGCCUGUGACCUUUCCGAAUAUCUCUCCACAUAUAAUGGGGAAGACGCCCCUGUGGCAUUCUUCCAGUCUAGUGAAGCACUAAAGGUUGACCUGCUUGCAUGGAGGCUGGACUCGAAACAGUUCAGUCUCCUUGGAUCCGGAAUAAUAAUGGCUGAAAUCGCUCGUUGUCAAGCUCGGGCGUUCCACAGCGCCGUAUUGAUUUUCUUUUACCGGAACGUUGAAAUGAACCGCUCCUUGGAGUUGAACCAUGAGGUAAACUCCAUCCUAAAGAGCCUCACAGUGGCAGAGAACCUCAAGGAUGAAUACAUGAAGGGGGAAAAAAGAUCUGCGCCUAUGUCUUGGCCAGCAUUCAUUGGGGCUUGCGAUGCGACCGAUCGGAAGCCUUGGGAAGAGUGGUGGACCCGCGUACAAGACUACAGGAUAGGGAACUACAAAAAGCAGUGGGAGGUUAUUCAAGAAAUUUGGAGAAUCAUGGAUGAAGACGUGAGUGUCACGGGGUGGAAAGAGGCGCUUCAUUUAUCUGGCAAGCUUGUUCUUCCGAUCUGA